AGGAUCUUCUCAGCUCUUCAAAUGACAAAUCAUUAAGCCAUUCAAAUUCCAUUUUACUCUCAAUUAAACCAAAGCCCUAACAUCUACGACCAAUGGAUUCCAUCUCCGUCGCCGCCACCUCUGCCAAGAAAGACGCCGCGAGGGGCGGUCAAGCUCUUCUGUUAGGCCGCUUCGAGGUCGGGAAACUCCUCGGCCACGGCACUUUCGCGAAAGUGUACCACGCGCGCAACGUCAAAACCGGUGACAGCGUGGCCAUCAAAGUGAUCGACAAGGAGAAGAUCCUCAAAAGCGGCUUAAUCGCUCACAUCAAGCGCGAAAUCUCCAUCCUUCGCCGCGUGCGACACCCGAACAUCGUGCAACUCUUCGAGGUCAUGGCGACGAAAACCAAGAUCUACUUCGUAAUGGAAUACGUCCGCGGCGGUGAGCUCUUCAAUAAAGUAGCCAAAGGCCGUUUGAAAGAGGACGUCGCAAGAAAAUACUUCCAGCAAUUAAUCUCUGCCGUCCAUUUCUGCCAUGCUCGCGGCGUUUAUCACCGCGACCUGAAGCCGGAGAAUCUACUCCUUGAUGAUAACGGCGAUUUGAAGGUAUCCGAUUUCGGGUUGAGCGCGGUUUCGGAUCAGAUCCGGCAAGACGGUUUGUUCCAUACGUUUUGCGGGACACCCGCUUACGUGGCACCCGAAGUUUUGGCAAGGAAAGGGUAUGAUGCAGCGAAAGUAGAUAUCUGGGCUUGCGGAGUAGUUUUGUUUGUUCUAAUGGCAGGGUAUUUACCGUUUCAAGAUCAGAACAUUAUGGCUAUGUAUAAGAAGAUAUACAAGGGUGAGUUCAAGUGUCCGAGAUGGUUUUCACCUGAGUUAGCUCGGUUACUCACAAAGCUUCUGGACACGAACCCGGAAACGAGAAUGACGAUUCCCGAAAUCAUGGAGAAGCGUUGGUUUAAAAAGGGGUUUAAACAUAUUAAAUUUUACAUUGAAGAUGAUAAAUUAUGCAGCUUUGAGGCGGAUGAUAAUGAUGUGUGCUCAGAGUCAUCAAUGUCUGAAUCCGAAACAGAGAUGGAAACUAGAAGGAAACCUGCCACAUUGCCGAGACCAGCUAGUUUAAAUGCGUUUGAUCUUAUUUCGUUCUCCCCGGGGUUCAAUUUAUCCGGGUUGUUUGAGGAAGGAGAGGAAGGAUCCCGGAUUGUUUCGGGGGCGCCGGUUUCGAAAAUCAUAUCGAAAUUGGAGGAGAUAGCGCAGUUGGUUAGUUUCACAGUGAGGAAAAAGGAUUGUAGAUUGAGUUUGGAGGGAUCUAGAGAAGGAGCCAAAGGGCCAUUGUCGAUUGCAGCUGAGAUAUUCGAGUUAACGCCUUCUUUGGUUGUUGUCGAAGUGAAGAAGAAAGGAGGGGAACGAAGAGAGUAUGAGGAUUUCUGUAACAGGGAACUGAAACCCGGGUUAGAGAAAUUGAUGGUUGAGGAAUCACAAUCGCAAUCAUCGGCCGCAACAUCACCUGUCAGUGCAUCAUAUUUAUCAGAAUCAUCUGCGGCAGCAUCGCCUGCUGGUGCAUCAUAUUUUCCUUCGGAUACGGAAUAGAAAGAGGAGAUGAAGGGAACAGGGUAACCUUUCUCUUUAUCUUCUUUUGUAUCAUAAAGAGAUACUUUUCUCUCUCUCUCUCUCUCUCCCUCUCUUUGUUUUGUGUUAUUGUUUUUGUUGUGCUACCUAGAAGCUGCUUUAGAUGACAUGAUAUAUCUUCUUGUAUCGAGAUGAAUAUACUAGAUUACAGAGAAUUGAAUACAUGUUUCUACUAAUCUUUGUAUUUUGUUUGUUUGUCUUGUAUAUAUUCCCAUCCAACUUUAUUGUGAAAUGAAUUGAUGAUGCAUGGUGUUUCGAAA